AUGGAAUGGUGCGAAAAGGAGCAGAAACUCAAAGAACGACGAGGAAAGAAGAUACCAAUAUGUGUCGCAAUAAGUUCUACUUACACUAUACUGUGUAGAGAAGCUGAGCAUAAGUGGAAGAAUUUUCACAGUGAUCUGUAUGACAAGAGCCAACAAUACCACCUAUUGUAUGAAGAUGGACAGCAGGCAGUCUUCAUACCCGGUACAGACAAGGAGCCAUUCACAUUAAGCAGAUACCACGAGGAAUUAGGAAAAGACUUGUGAAUUACCUUAUUUCUCUGCCCAAACCACUAUUUUCUAAAAGCGGAAGGCCUACUUGACGAUGAAAAUGUUGAUGAUGAUUGUGACAUUAUCUUUGUCCCUUCAGUCAGAACCCUUAGCAAUGUUUCAGAUGAUGGUCAAGAGAAUGACAAACCUGCCAAACGUCCUCGACACAAUAGCUCAAUCAGCAUUGACCUCACAACUGCACCCACACAGGAUGUAAAGCCUAAUCGACAAAAAUAAUUCAGAUAAAUCAGAUCAAAUUGAACUAGAUCAUCAGCUCGCUAACCAACUACAGGAUCGGUACAACAAUGAACAAUCUGCGGUUCCAUCUGAUGACAUGGCUAAAGAAUCUAGUGAAUCACCGCCCUCAAUAGUUGGCAUUGUGAAAAUGUUGGCUGAGAAAGUGGAUCCAUCAGACAAACAACUGUUUAUUGUUUUGAGGCGAAAUGCCCAACUAAAUAGAGUUCUUUCAAUCUGGAGCAGAGAAAUAAAAAGAAAGCCUGUAUCAUCUUGA